CAUGCUGUAGGCUACAGAAUGACUGCGGCUGCUAUCCCUCUCAAGACUUCUCUCUGAGAGGCGAACCCUGUCUUUUUUUUUUUUCUCCUUCCCCUCUUUUUCCCUGCCAGACAUCGGGAGGAGACACUGAGCUCUUGUUUUGCCUCUUCUUGUACGGGAAACUGAGGGAAACGACGCCUCGCUGUUUUAUUUUUUUUUGUGUACUUUUUUUUCUCAAUCCCUUCCCGUUCUCGAACUGUCUCUCUCUGGAUGUGACGGAAAAUGCCGGUAGUAGGGGUGGCCUCCAAGCUCAGACAACCCUCAGUGGGAUCCAAGCCAGUACACACCGCUCUCCCGAUUCCUAACCCGGGCAGGACUGCUGCCGCCAAGGGACACAUGGCCCGGGCCCCAGAGCUGAGGGGUUCGGAGUCCCCGAUACUCUCGUCCUGUCAUCUGUCACUCAAGGCCGAGUACCAGGAGAGGAGGUCACAGCAGCAGCUUAGCCGGAGCAAGGAGACGGAGGAGAGUAGGAUCUGCAAGAUCUACACAGACUGGGCGAACCAUUACCUGGCCCGGUCCGGCUGCCCACGGCUCAUCAAAGACCUGACGAUAGACAUUGCUGACGGAGUUCUGCUGGCAGAAAUCAUCCAGAUCAUAGCAAAUGAAAAAGUGGAGGACAUCAAUGGCAGCCCCAGGAGCCAAUCGCAAAUGACCGAGAAUGUGGACGCCUGCCUCAGUUUCCUGGAAGCCAGAGGAGUGAAUGUACAAGGGCUCUCCUCAGAAGAGAUCCGGAAUGGGAAUCUGAAGACUGUCCUGGGGCUCUUCUUCAUUCUGUCGCGCUACAAGCAGCAACAGCAACACCAGCAGCAGUACUACCAGUCCCUGGUGGAGCUAACCCAUCAGACCACUGGGGCGGCGCCAGCGAGCCCCCUCAAAACGCAGCAAGAGAUGCAGUCCAGUCUCACUGCGCGAUAUGCAAGUCCCCCAGGUCACAGUGGUUUAGGAGCUGCGUCACCGAAGAAAAACACAAGGUUGCCAGGGCCAUCCAGGGUGUCCGCUGCAGGCGGUGGGACCCCGAAGACCCAGGGGGCCUCCAAUCUCAACAGGAGGAGCCAGAGCUUUAACAGCAUUGACAAGAGCAAGCCUCUUCAGUAUGCAAGUGGCAACGACAGAGAGUCGGUGAAGGGCAUCCCUCUGCCUGGCAACGUGAACGGCGGUGCCCCUGUGCCAACCAGCCUCAGCGGGCAGCAGCUGGCCUCUGCCAUCCCCUCUCCCACAGCUAGCAAGUCCUGGCGCAGCAAGUCCAUGAACAUGAAGCACAGUGCCACCUCCUCCAUGCUCUCAGUCUCCGCCUCGUCCUCGCCGACUCCGCCGCCUGCUUCCGACCGUCCACGCCCUCCCAUGACAGAGGUGUCCAAGUCGUGCUCGGGCGCUGGCGGCGGCACCCCGCAGAGAUCGAUGCUCGACAAGUUCCGGAUGAUCAACCCUCGCUCCGCCUCGCGGUCCUCGCCGUCGGUGGCCGAGAUGGCCCUGCAGGAGGAGGACGACAUGUCGGAGUGCAGUGAGGAGGCGGUAACCGUGACGAUGACCACGGCAUCCGCGUGCAGCGCGAGCAGCGCCAAGCAGCUAGCCAAGACGACGUCGCCGCCCUCCCUGGCUGCGACCAACAAGGGUCCCGCGAAGGGCUCGUCCCCCUCUGGAGGAAGCAAUAAGUCCCUGCCCCAGCCAAAAGAAAAGGAGGAUAAGAGCCGGGGCAAAGGCGCCAAGGCCACCACCCCGCCCAAAGAGGAACAACGGGAACCCGCGAUGGAUCCGUCCAAGAAGACCUCCAAAAUCGCCAGCCUCAUCCCCAAGGGAGGCAAGCCGACCACGGGCAAGAAGGACGGCGCCGUCCCUCCCGCCUCCACUGGCAUCCCCAAGCCUGGGCUCAAGGCCCCAUCGGCCACUGGGAAGCCGGUGGCCAGCCAGGCCCAGACCCAAGCCCCCCAGGGGGGCGGCGGCGGAGGCAGGGAGGGGGACAAAGCCAAGAUGGUCAAAGGGGGCCAGGGGGGCUACUACAUGCAGCAGCGCUCCCUGGGGGCCCCGGAGGCACGCCGGAGCAGCAUGGUGUCGUCCACCAGCACCUCGGCCCUGUCCCAGCCGCCGGGGGCCCUGGGGGGGAACGGGGCGGUGCAGCUACCCCAGCAGCAGCAGCACAACCACCCCAACACGGCCACCGUCGCACCUUUCAUGUACAGGACGUACUCGGAGAACGACUGCACCAUGGUGGCGCCCGCGGACCGCUGCCUCAGCCCCAGCAAGGGUGACCUGGUCUACAGCAAGACCGCCAAGCAGUGCCUGGAGGAGAUCUCCGGGGAAGACCCCGAAACGAGACGCAUGCGGACGGUGAAGAACAUCGCAGACCUGCGGCAGAACCUGGAGGAGACCAUGUCCAGUCUACGAGGGACACAGAUCAGCCACAGCACCUUGGAGACGACCUUUGACAGCACAGUGACCACCGAGGUCAACGGACGGUGCCUCGCCAGUCGCUCCUCCCCCAUGACCUCCUGGCGCCUCGGCCAGUCGGCCCCAAGCCCCCGUCUGCAAGCCGGCGACGCCCCUUCCUUGCCCAGUACCUACGCCACAGUCACGGCACCCCGGGCGGGGUCCGGCGCCGCCGGCGCCGCGGGGCGGUACGGCCACUCGGACUCCAGGUUUGUGUACAGCGCCCCGCUCAGGCGAGCGGCAACAGCGGGGUCAAGAGGGGCCGGGCAGGGGGAGAAGGGAGGUGGGCCGGAGGGGGUGCUGGAGAUGGAUGUGGCGGGGUACAUGAGCGACGGAGACAUCCUGGGGAAAAACGUCAGGACAGAUGACAUCACCAGCGGGUAUCUUACAGAUGGCGGCCUUCACUUAUACUCGCGGAAUGCUGCCCGCGCCCCUGACCCGACCGCAUCACGGGAGGUCACCCAGAGAGGGGUCAAAGAGCUGCAUGGGGACGCAGACAGCUGGGAUGACAGCAGUUCAGUCAGCAGUGGUGUCAGUGACACUUUAGACAACAUCAGCACAGAUGACCUGAAUACGCCUUCCUACACCACCGCCAGUUCCUCACCACGCAAAAACAAAGGAGCACAGACCCAGGCAGAUACACAGAAGCAUACAGAACAUGAGGUGAGCAGCAGUUGGGCUGGAGCUGAGGACCUGAAGAAGGUGGACGAGGAACUGGAUGUCAGCAUGGAGGCCGGCUCAAAGUACAAGCCUUCCUCCUCCUCUUCAUCUUCACCAGCGGGGCAGUACGGCGAGGAACCCGGACAAAAGACAGGCCUGCCGAUGUCCCAGACUGGCUCCUGGAGGAGAGGCAUGACCCCCCAGGUGGGCAUCACCCCCCCCCGGACGAAAGGAGCCAGCGCCACCCUCAAAACCCCUGGUAAAACGGAUGAUGCCAAGGCCUCGGAAAAGGGCAAAGCCCCGUCCAAGACCUCCACAGGCAUCCAGCGCUCUCCCUCUGAUGCUGGCAAGAGCAGUGGUGACGAGGGCAAGAAACCACCUUCCGGCAUCGCACGCCCCCCAGCCACCGGCUCGUUUGGCUUCAAGAAAAUGUCCAGCCCCUCUGGGGCCCUCAUCACGUCCAGCGGCUCCGCCACCCUGGGGAAGGUGCCCAAGUCCUCAGGUAUCGGCAAAGGGACUGGGAUCGGCGGGGCCCGCAAAACCAGCCUGGACGGCUCCCAGCCGCAGGACGACGCGGUGCUGCUGGGCUGCGGGGACUCCAAGGUGCCCCUCCAGUACCGCUCCUUGCCCCGGCCGGCCAAGUCCUCUGGCGGGGGUGUGGUGGGGCGCGGCGGGCACCGCUCCAGCUCCAGCAGCAUCGACUCCAGCGUCAGCGGCAAGUCGUCCGCUGGAGGGGCCGCCGCCACGGGCGCCAAGCGGAGGGAUGGCGGGAAGGUGGGCUCGGGCCGCUCCAGCCCCAUCACCGUCAACCAGACGGACAAGGAGAAGGUGGCCGUGUCCGACCAGGACCCCGCGGGCUUAUCCACCUCGCCCAAGUCCAGUCCCACUUCCACGUGCCAGUCGGGCCUCAGACAGCCGGGGUCCAAGUACCCGGACAUCGCCUCGCCCACCUUCCGCAGGUUGUUUGGCACCAAGGCUAGCAGCAAGGCCAGUACCCCGGGCACGCCCGACUCGGGCAAGUGCCCAUCAGCGCUGGGCAGCCCUCACGGCACGUUGGCUCGCCAAGCCAGCCUGGACUCCCCUUCCUCUGGCACAGGGAGCCUGGGCAGCGCCGGUGGGCAGAGCGGUGGCAGCAGCCCGCUGUACGGUAAGGCCCCCGACCUGGGCACGGAAUCGCUGGCCUCCAGCCCGGCGUCCGGCCUCUCGUUGCCCUCCGGCGCCCGGCCCUGGCCCGCCAACCUCAGCAGCUCCUCGGCGUGCUCCGGUAGCAAGGACACACUGAGCUGCCAGAGCCUGACCAGCCUUCACACCAGCUCCGAGUCCAUCGACCUGCCGCUCGGGCACCACCACGGCCCCAAAGUCACACGCACCGGCAGUGUCAAGUCCACGCUCUCCGAGGGCAUGCCUCUUGACAGAAAUACACUCCCCAAAAAGGGACUAAGGUACCCUCCAUCGUCCAGACAGGCGACCCACGAGGAGGGGAAGGAGUGGCUGCGGUCUCACUCCACUGGGGGACUACAGGACACGGGCAGCCAGUCGCCCCUGUCCCCCCCUGGGGUUGUAUGCCCCACCACUGGCCAGUACCACUACUCCAACCUGCUGAGCCCAACCAACCUGUCGCCAUACAACCUGCCCGGCUCCAGCAGCAUGAGCCGUUCCAACAGCAUCCCCGCCCAGGACACCUACGACCUGUAUGGGGAAGGCCACCUGGGGGGCAGUGCCACGUCCCUGGAGGACCGGCCCCGAGGCAUGAGCCGCUCCGGCUCCUUCAGGGACAGCACCGACGAAGUCCAUGGGUCCUCACUGUCGCUAGUCUCCAGCACCUCCUCUCUGUAUUCCGCGGUGCUUUCCUUUCUGGCCAAGACAGAGGAAAAGGCCCAUUCUGAGGGUCAAACAGGCCAAAAUACAACGCAAAUCAGGAAGCUACGACGAGAGCUGGACGCCUCCCAGGAAAAGGUUGCGACCCUAACGUCUCAGCUGUCCGCCAAUGCUCACCUGGUGGCAGCCUUUGAGAAGAGCCUGGGGAACAUGACCUGUCGUCUGACCAGCCUUACCAUGACAGCUGAGCAAAAGGAGUCUGAGCUCGCCGAGCUGAGAGAGACCAUCGAGGCGCUGAAGGCCCAGAACACGGAUGCCCAGACGGCCAUCCAAGUGGCCCUGAACGGCCCCGACCACCUGCACAAAGACCUGCGGAUUCGGCGGCAGCACUCGUCGGAGAGCGUGUCCAGCAUCAACAGCGCCGCCAGUCACUCGUCCCUGGGCAGCGCCAAGGACAUAGAAGACAAGAAGAAGAAAAAGAAAAGCUGGGGGAAGGAGAGAGGAAACAAGGUGGCCGAUUCCAUCCCAGCACAGUUGCGGAGCUCAUUCAAGCAGGCGUUCAGUAAGAAGAAGAGCAACAAGCCUCAAUCCCCCCACGACGACAUCGAAGAGAUGACGGACUCGUCGCUGCCUUCCUCCCCCAAGCUACAACACGCCAACAGGCAGGGCAGCAUCCCCACGCUACUGUCCUCAGGCUCCACAACCGAGUUGUGCGAGUGCACAGAGGCGGAGGCGGAGAUCAUCCUUCAGCUGAAGAACGAGCUGAGGGAGAAAGAGCUGAAGCUGACAGACAUCCGCCUGGAGGCUCUUAGCUCCGCCCACCACUUGGACCAGAUCCGAGAGGCCAUGAACCGCAUGCAGGUGAGGAACCAGAACGAGAUCGAGCUGCUGAAAGCGGAGAACGACCGGCUGAAGACUGGGAGCACAACUCCGGCCGCCACGCCCGCCAAUGCGGGCCGCCCGCCUUCGGAGGCCUCCAGCACUUCCUCGUCCUCCUCGCGCCAGUCUUUAGGCCUGUCCCUCAACAACCUGAACAUCACAGACACCAUCAUGUCAGAUAUUCUCCUAGAUGACGGCUAUGAGGGCAAUUUACGCAAAGAGGGACGCAGUGUUCGCAUUGUGGUCACGGUGAACAACGGCUCAAAUAAGACCAAGGGUAUGCAAGGCCAGGAGUACCUCAUUGGUUCCAUCGGCGUGAGCGGCAAAACAAAAUGGGAUGUGCUUGAUGGAGUAAUCCGACGAUUAUUCAAGGAGUACGUGUUCCGGGUGGACCCGCUGACCAGUCUGGGCCUCAGCUCGGACAGCAUAGUUUGCUACAGGAUGGGUGACGUGAUCCGGACCCAUGCCUCCGAAGUGCCUGAGCUGCUGCCCUGCGGCUACCUGGUGGGGGACAGCAACGUCAUCAAUGUCAACCUCAAAGGUGUGAAGGAGAACAGCAUAGACGGCGUGGUAUUUGACACCCUCAUCCCCAAGCCCAUCAUUCAGAGGUACCUCAACUUGCUUAUGGAGCACCGGCGCAUUAUCCUGUCGGGCCCAAGUGGAACCGGGAAGUCCUUCCUGGCUAGCAAGCUCGCGGAGUUCAUCAUCGCCAAGUCUGGUCGAGAGGUCACGGAGCGCAAUGUAGCUAGCUUCAACGUGGACCAGAAAUCCAGCAAGGACCUGCGUCAGUACCUCUCCAGCCUGGCGGAGCAAUGCAGCUCAGAGGAGAGCGAGACGGAGUUGCCGACCGUGGUCAUACUUGACAACCUCCACCACAUUGGCUCGCUCAGUGACAUCUUCAAUGGAUUCCUCAACUGCAAGUACCACAAAUGCCCAUAUGUUAUUGGAACCAUGAAUCAGGGAGUGUCUUCCUCUCCCAACCUUGAGCUUCACCACAAUUUCAGAUGGGUGCUGUGUGCCAAUCACACGGAGCCAGUCAAGGGCUUCCUGGGACGCUUUCUCCGCAGGAAGCUGAUCGAGACGGAGAUCGACAGGAACAUGCGCAGCAAUGACCUUUUCAAGAUCAUUGACUGGAUCCCCAAGACGUGGCAGCACCUCAAUGGCUUCCUGGAGGCCCACAGCUCCUCGGACGUCACCAUUGGUCCACGGCUCUUCCUGUCCUGCCCAAUGGAUGCUGAAGGAUCACGGGUGUGGUUCACUGACCUGUGGAACUACUCCCUGGUUCCCUACCUGCUGGAAGCCGUCAGAGAAGGCCUUCAGCUGUACGGCAAGAGGGCGGCGUGGGAGGACCCGUCCAAGUGGGUGAACGACACCUACCCCUGGAGCUCAGCAUUUUUGCAGCACGAAGGCCAGUCCCUGCUCCAGCUGCGGCCCGAGGACGUGGGCUACGACGGCUACACCUCCUGCAAGGAGGGCGCCUCCUCCAAACAAGUGUCCCAGAGCGACACAGAAGGAGACCCGCUGAUGAACAUGCUGAUGAGGCUGCAGGAAGCAGCCAACUACUCCAGCGCGCAGAGCUGUGACAGCGACAGCACCAGUCACCACGACGACCAGCUGGACUCCUCGCUCGAGUCUGCGCUCUAGACGAGGAGCUCAGGGACGAGAAUCGGAGCGAGAGACCUCCGACCGGAGGGGCGGACAAGAGCACUUUUUAGCGCGGCGUCGGCGAGGGAUGUGGCGGCUGGAUCGCGUCCAGGCAGCCCGCAGGACAAGGCGAGAUGGGUGAUGGGUGUUGAUUUCGGGGGUUUGGUGGGUGAGACACAGUCCUACGCUUCUUCCACUGGAAGUGGCGCUCCAUUUCCACUGAAAUGUAGGCUGCAUACAGUGAAGAGCCAUUUAUGUUUGUAGUUCUACACCACAAAACUGGAAUUUUAUUUUUCUUAAUUUAAGGUUGUUGUACUAACUACAGAUGUUUACAAGGGCCAAAUUCUGGUUUUGUUUACCAAGGUGCUGAUCCAAAAAAAAAAAAAAGGCACACAGUCCGCCGGCCAAAUUCUGACCUCAGUCAAACCAUAUGGUGCUGGUCCCGGGGUUAAACCUGUCUCUGGUUUACAGGCUUCGCCAAGACCCUUGUCACCCGCUUGCCAACAAGCACAAAAAGAGCAGUGUGUGUCAUCCAACUAACCGCUACUGUGAAACAAUGGAAAAGUGCCAAUGUGACCGUUUGGUUUGAUUUACUGCCGUGAGCACUGCAACCAGUCAGUACAAAUUCUCAAACAUAGUGGAGACCACUCGUUCUAGGCUUUUCACAUAAGCAGACCAGCCGUUCGCACCUCUCCUUAGCAAAUCCACGGCACUGUACCAACUGAGUGGUGCUAAAGUAAGUGACGGCUACUGAAAUACAAGGGCCAGGUAAAGAACGGAACAGGCCUGACAAGGGUGCUUCUCUCACUGCCUUAAAUGCGCAGAGCUCUAUGGAACAGUGGGUGUGUUACUUCGGUCUCCGGCUCCCUGGUGACAAUCCUGACUGGAUAGGAAAUUGACGGGAUCAACUGCUUCCCUGACACAUAACCGUUCUGAAGGAGCUGUCCACAUAACAUCUCAGCUGCUUCUUUAAUCUUGAUAUGGCAAGGCAGAGUUAUAAAAUUGCUUUCAGACCGACAUCGCUCAAAAGUACUCAAAAUGUACGUUGCCCAAAUCCAUCCACUUUCACUUCUGAUAGUGAUAUUGUACAAGCAUAAUGGUUGUCGUACUGUAUUCACAGGCGGAACUGACAAACCUUUUUUUUUUUGUAUGAAAGUUCAAAGGGGUGGUCAUUUUUUUGUUGUUGUUGCUUUUACCCAGUUGAGCUGGGUUCACUUGAACAGUCAUGAGCACAACUCGACCCUUUUGAUUUUAUAGCCUAAGGAGCAUGUUUUAAGCUUUCUAAGGGGGGGGGGGGGGCAUUUAAAGCAGACUUUUACUUUUACAUUACAGCGUGUGAUAGGGACAGAAGCCAUUUUGGAUUUUGAUUGUCCUUCCUCCAUUAAUGAGUGGGUUGGUUUUGCACAGUUUGGGGUUGGGGGGAGGGUGGGGGAUGUAAAUAAUAAAGUAUUGCACAGUGAAUCAGAGAUGCAUUCUGCCCUGUUGAUGUUACAUUAAGCUUAACUCGCUGAGAAUUAUUGUACGUUGCAACUGAAGAAAAGAAAAAAAAAUACAAAAGAGAAAUGCAAAAACCAACAAGCUGUCCGAAACAGAUGUACGUAUGUCUUGUGUUGAUUGGUUGUCUUGCCUAUGCAGAAGGCAUACAAUGUACAGUAUAAUACUUUUUUUUUUUUAACUCUAUAUUAUUGUCAACUAAAUCACUGAAUUGGGGAGCAAACCAUUACAUUCAUCAAGAAAAACAAAUCAGAUAAUUUAGUCCCUUCCCUGUAUUUUGUUCAGUCAUCAUAUCCCAUCAACAGACAAAAAAAUCACUUCACAAAGUAUUCCGUAGUUAUUUUUCUGAACAAACUUAAAUUCAACCUAAGCUAGAAUCAUUUUUUUUUUAUUGACCCUAAUCUGAGGUACUGUUCGCCUGUUUUUCCUGCUUUUUCCAAUUACUCAUGACAGGUGCUACUGGUCAGUUAAAUCGUUCAGAGACCAUUUUCUGCAGACAAUGUUGUCACAACCUCAGGACAAUCCCAGAGUCUCAUGUUGUAUUCACAUGGCUAUAACAGAUCCACUACCUACUUAUUUAAAUUUUUUUGCAUGCAUUGUUGUUGGUCUAUGUGCCAUAAAUCUGUUUCUUAACAUAGUGCGUAACACACCUUUGCGCACACACACACACUUUCGGUAAAACAGCUCCACUCGGAAAUCCAUUCAUGAUCAUGCACACUUCUCCCUGCUCCCCUGGUACAUAAUCAGUUGCCUAGUUAACCAAAAGACUUCACACCCAAAACAAUAUACAUGUAUGGCGUUGUGAUACUAAUCACUGACAGAUUUCCCCUUUAUUGCAAUUACAUCUUAGUUGAAAACAUAGCAUUUACUACUUUGAGAGCAGAGUUUCUUUUUGGUGAAACAUUUGUCCUUAAAUGUUUUAUAUUUUGUACAUUUGUAUGUAACAUAUCGUGUAAAUAGACAGAGACCGCGAUUUAAAUCAUCUGGAGGGAUUUUGUAGUCUUUGUAAAGCCCUAAUAAAUGGUAUUUGGUGUCACUCGAGCUAACAUAAUGUGCGUCCUGUUCUCCCUUGUGUCAGUGUUCAUUGUUUUAUCUAAUGGGUUGAAAGGUCAAAUCACAAUCUACUUCCACAUAUCUUCUUUUAAUACAGAAAUGUGAAAUAUCUAAAACAAAUGUAGAAGCCCACACAUUACUCAAGACAUAAAACUAUUUACACAGUCACUGACCUGACCAACAGGGCAAAGUUGACUUAGCGUUUGACACUAAUUCUUACAUUUGACAUUAACUAUCAGUGUGGAGAGGCUUAUUGAAGUAUCUGGAACACUCCAUUAUUGGUCUGUAGGUUAAAGUUGACUACGGUUUAGACAAAGAUGCAGAGGUUUUAAACAUUGGUACCAGGGCUGUCCCACAGAACCAGAAUGAUGCUGAGAAUGUAUACACAUUUUACCAAACAAUAGUGGGUGAUUCAGGGCGGUCCCAGUGGUCUUAGUGACUUUCUCCAGUUCACAUGGACUGCUGCAUUGUGGGUCCAGCAAUCCAGCAAUAACUCUCUACUCUUUAUGCUUUCCUGUCAGAUAAAGUGUAACAAUUCUAUAAAAAAAUCUUAAAUAAGCUCUAUUUUAAAUUAAAGAAACAAGUGGGUAAAUGCUAACAAAAUGUAACGAGUUCACACUCCAGAACUGUAGAUGGCACUAACACAAUUUUUCGUGGUACGUCACAAACCGUCAGCAUAAGGAAGUGCUGUUUUACCACUCUUAUCCCUCUAGGACAGCUAACUCCUUGGCUAAAAUAUUUUGUGAUUGAUUGUUUAUAACUAAUCCUAUUUCUAUCAUUGGUAUUUCUGGUGUGGACAAAGACACCAGAGAGUACUGAAAACUAUUUUUCCAAAGGUUUUUCUGUCCCACCGCACUUCCUGAAAAUGGGUUCGGAGGAGAGCUUGGAGAAGAAGGGCGCGUUGGUAUCAUUACCAAAACACUCAUACUGGUUUGACUUUUGGCUGUUUGUGGUGUUUGACAUCGCAUUUUUCCUCGUCAUGUAUUUAAUUGUACCCUAACUAAAAUGGAUUUUGACUUACGUCCUGUCCCUUCAGCCAAGACAUGGGUGCUCUGUUGGCUGAAAUGCUGCAACGAUUCAUAUUUAACAAGAGUUCACUCGCCUAGAUUACAUUGAAAAACAGAUGGGUGUUUUAAUUAAAGAUCUGCAUGUUAAUGUGACGAUGAUUACUCUGGUGUAAUAAGUGUGCUGUGUUCUAUCUAAAACGUGGGUGUGGUGGGAUGUAAGAGACAUGACAGAAGACAUCUUAACUGAACAAUAUAAACACCAUGAUUGAUACUGUAUUCAAUGUCUCUUGAACAAAUAUUCAACUGAAUCUCCAAUUUUGGAUUUGUGGUGUCCUCAAUUUGAAUCUAAUCUCUAAUUUACACAUUCAGAAUUUACCUUAAUGUGUUGGAUUUUGUCUUGUCUGUAAGUUGGUGUACACUACAAGUUGAAAAUAAACAUCUGUAAAUCAAAGCUCAAA